AGCAAACAAGAGCUAAGCUACUAGAGACAUGGCCGACAACCUGAUCAAGCCCGUGGCUUUGCUGCUGCUGCUCCUGAACCUGUGCAUGUACGUCAUCCUGGCCAUCAUCGGCGGCUGGGCUCUGAACGUGGCCAUCGACCGCGGCUUCAUCAUCGGCCCGGAGCUGCGGCUUCCCGCGCAUUUCCACCCUAUCUUCUUCCCCAUCGGCAACUUCGCCACCGGCUUCUUCGUCCUCUUCUCCCUCAUAGCGGGCGUCGUCGGGAUCGCCUCCGCCAUGGUGGGCUUCAACCACCUCCGCUUCUGGAACUACGAAAGCCAGCAGCCCGCGGCGGCGUUGGGGAUUGUGGCGUGGGCGCUCACAGUCCUAGCCAUGGGCCUAGCUUGUCAGGAAAUCUCUUUCGACCGAAGAAACGCCAAGCUGGGCACCAUGGAGACCUUCACCAUCAUCCUAACAGUGACGCAGUUCUUCUACGUGCUCGCGAUACGCGGGGGAAGGCACGGACCCGUCCACGUGGAGCGCCGCGGCAACUUUGCAUGAAAGACCACCGACAAAUAUUCAUUCAUUUGUGCACGUACCGUCCAUGGAGACCUUCACUAUUAAUUCGUUUGCUGGAUUCGUUAAUUAUUUCAUUAUUGUUUGACAGUUUCAUAUGGAUGGAAUGGAAUGGACUCCAAGAUUAUUGGUUUGAUUCCA